AUGUCGUCUAUUUUACGUUUGGGAUCGACGGAACAAGUUGAAAUUCCUGGUGGACACAGGUGCGGCCAUCAGCGUGGUACCCCCCUUCAGAACGACCACACCGCUAAGCCCACCCUGAUCAAACUACGAGCAGCGAAUGGUUCCGCGAUAGACACGUACGGAGAAAGGACCCUUACUUUGAAUAUCGGCAUGCGACGCGAUUUCGCGGACAUUUACCGUGGCCAACGUGAAGCAACCGGUGAAUUCGUACAUCCUCAACACUUGCGAGAUUGCAAAUUCGUUUUCGUACGGAACGACGCCGUGAGACGACCACUCACGCCGGCAUACCAAGGUCCUUUUCAGGUUCUUCGACGCACCGACAAGCACCUUACGAUCAAGCGCGCCAACUCGACCGACACCAUCGCAAUCGAUCGGACCAAGCCUGCUUUUCUGGAGAAGCGACAGUAUGACGCAAACCCGGCUCUGCGGCCCCCUAAUGCUAUUCCAGCGCACCCAUCAGACGCAGCACCGCAGACAUCAAACGACACCCCAGCGACUCCUGUGCGGCAGACCCGAUCCGUUCUUUGCUUUUACUAUAUCUCAAUUGUUCUUUUUCUUUCUCUUGAUCUGUUCUUUGCUUUUACUACAUCUCAAUUGUUCUUUUUCUUUCUCUUGAUCAUUCUUUGCUUUUACUACAUCUCAAUUGUUCUUUUUCUUUCUCUUGAUCAGUUCUUUGCUUUUACUACAUCUCAAGUGUUCUUUUUCUUUCUCUUGAUCUGUUCUUUGCUUUUACUAUAUCUCAAUGUUUUUUUCUUUCUCUUGAUCUGUUCUUUGCUUUUUACUAUAUCUCAAGUGUUUCUUUUUCUUUCUCUUGAUCUUGUUCUUUUUCUUUCUCUUGAUCUGUUCUUUGCUUUUACUACAUCUCAAUUGUUCUUUUUCUUUCUCUUGAUCUGUUCUUUGCUUUUACUACAUCUCAAUGUUCUUUUUUUUUUCUUGAUCUGUUCUUUUGCUUUUACUACAUCUCAAGUGUUUUUUUUUUCUCUUGAUCAGUUUUUUUGUUUUUACUACAUCUCAAUUGUUCUUUUUCUUUCUCUUGAUCUGUUCUUUGCUUUUACUAUAUUUCAAGUGUUCUUUUUCUUUCUCUUGAUCUGUUCUUUGCUUUUACUAUAUCUCAAUUGUUCUUUUUCUUUCUCUUGGUCAGUUCUUUGCUUUUACUACAUCUCAAUUGUUCUUUUUCUUUCUCUUGUUCUUUGCUUUUACUAUAUCUCAAUUGUUCUUUUUCUUUCUCUUGAUCUGUUCUUUGCUUUUACUAUAUCUCAAUUGUUCUUUUCUUUCUCUUGUUUGGUGCCAAGAAUUUUUUACUAUAUCUCAAUUGUUCCUUUUCUUUCUCUUGGUCAGUUCUUUGCUUUUACUAUAUCUCAAUUGUUCUUUUUCUUUCUCUUGAUCUGUUCUUUGCUUUUACUACAUCUCAAUUGUUCUUUUUCUUUCUCUUGGUCAGUUCUUUGCUUUUACUAUAUCUCAAGUGUUCCUUUUCUUUCUCUUGGUCAGUUCUUUGCUUUUACUACAUCUCAAUUGUUCUUUUUCUUUCUCUUGGUCAGUUCUUUGCUUUUACUAUAUCUCAAUUGUUCUUUUUCUUUCUCUUGA